GGAGCUGGCCGAGGAUUCCCGAGUCGUCCUGUCCUGCCCGGACUGCUGGAAGCGGCCGCAACGCCAUGUUGGCGAAGUCUCUCAUCUGUGCGAGAAGGAAAAUGAUGGAGAACAGACCCGUCGAGAAGAGAAGGUAGAUCGCCGACGGAGGCUGAAGACCGCGGCGAUUAUUGCGCCCCCCCGACCCGUGAGAGAAACGAACCGAGCCGGAUCCGCGGAGGUUCCGGACGGACGAAGGGAGGCGAAACCUCCCACCGUCCCCAUGAGCAGCACCGCUGACCCGAGCCGCGACUUUCCAUGAGAAAAGAGACGUUUGUGUUGCUAUCCGAGCUUCGCUGUCCCGCUUCGUUAAAGGGAUCCGCGGCCUGCUUCGACACACCGCUACGCUUGCCCCAUGCCUGCAGGCUAGCCGCCGCUCCUAUCAGUAUUUAUUGAGCUAUUGUUUUUAUUUGUUUUCAUAUUUUUUUUGUUGCAAUGAGUUUGCCACCGAAAGUGGUCCCCAAACAAGCCGCUGUCGCAGUGAGCGGACCUGGAAGUGGCCCCUCUCCGUCGAGCCAACUGCGGGCUACCCUGACCUCCGUGUCUCUGCCGCCGGGAGCCCCACAAGCUCCGCAGCCCGGCGCCGUGCCGCCGCCUCAAAUCCCACGGGUUCAGCCGUCACUGGACGAUCGAAUCUUCCCCACACAGCCUGGAGUCGCUGCAGUCUACAGCGUACCCAGGCAUGCUGGUCCUCCUUACGCUGCUCACGACAUCACAAAGGGACACCCUAAUUUGGCGGGCACCCCGCCUGGUCAUGCCCACUCCCCAGCGCUCUCUCAGGUAUCAAUACCCACAGCUUCCCCAUAUCGCUACCCUAAGGGCUGGGAGACAGGCGGAGGGUCUCCAUACAACCCUGGACAAAAUGCUGGCUCCGCCUCUCUAGUGUACUCUCCCCAGACACAGCCAAUAAAUGCACAGCCACAGAGUCGCCCGUUUGCUACGGGCCCUCGACCGACCCAUCAUCAGGGAGGAUUCAGGCCCAUCCAGUUUUUCCAGAGGACUCAGAUGCAGACUGCGAGGCCCACCAUCCCGACAAACACGCCCUCCAUACGGCCUGGCUCACAGACUCCUACAGCCGUCUACCCCACUAAUCAGCCAAUCAUGAUGACCAUGGCACCCAUGCCUUUCCCUUCCCCGCAGGCUGCACAGUACUACAUCCCACAGUAUCGCCACAGUCAACCCUAUGUGGGACCUCCUCAGCAGUAUUCUGUUCAGCCCCCAGGGUCUGGCACCUUCUAUACUGGUCCUGGGCCAGGGGAGUACCCUGCCCCAUAUCAUCCCCUCAGGUACCACCCACCUGUCUCGCCCUCUGUCCCUGCUCCCGUUCCCACAGCUGGCCCACCUUACUACCCAGGACAGACUGUGUACCCCCCAUCACCCCCCAUCAUAGUGCCUACACCACAGCAACCUCCACCAGCCAAGCGUGAGAAGAAAACAUCCUCCCAGAUCCGUAUCCGGGACCCCAAUCAGGGUGGCAGGGACAUCACAGAGGAGAUCAUGGCAGGGGGUUCAGGGAGCAGGAAUUCAACGCCUCCUGUAGGUCACCCCUCCUCUACCCCCACCCCACCACAGCAGCUGAGCAGCAGCCAGACUCCAGAGCCGCCGCAGUCGCAGCCGCAGCCUCCUCAACCACAGCAGGCCCACCCUGGAGGCUACACCUUGGAGUCCCUGCAGCCCCAGCAGCCGCCGUUGACAACAGGGGCCUCCGACACCAAACCAGGGCCAGAUGAUGCACCAAAACUGCAGCCAGUUGUCCAGAAGUCUUCCUCACCUGGGCUUGUGCAGCCUGAAGCCCCCGUGGAGAGACCGGAGGCCAACACACCUGAAUCUGAGCCCACUCCUCCUGCAAGUGAACCGGAGCUUCCCCUCCCCGCCUCGCUCAGCACCCCUGUCAAUCUCCCACUUACAGUGGCCAACUCAAGUGAACGUCCCUCAGCCAGGGAGUCAGCCUCUUCUCACUUGUCCUCAGUCGGGGAGCAGAAACCCUCUUUGGCGCCACCUCAGCCUCCCAACACAGACAAGCCUCUCUUAGACGCCCCAAGAACUCUGGCUUCCUUGUCUGUAGCAGCCCCCAAGGCUUUGAACGGCCUUGCCGAGUCCGGGACGGAGCUGGAGACAGCGGCCCAGGAGCCUUCUCCUAUGCCCCCUGCUGCACUCCAGCCCCAGGCCUCUAGUCCUGCUUACCGAGAAGCCUCCUCUGAAACUUUGCCUUCUGACAUGAGGCCACAGGUUCCCGUUGCUGCUGCGCUGGCCCCUAUGGCUCCUGUGGCUGUGGUGCCAGUUACCCUGAGCUCGAGCCCGGCCCCAGCUUUGCCCAUCAUGCUUCCCCCUGGCCUACCGCCUCUAGUGCAGGCCACGACAGAGGCUGACGAGCCAAGCAAAUCCAUAGACACUAAAGACCUUGUACCCAGAGCAGGGACGGAGGCACAAGGUGGCAUUACUGACAGCAAGACAGAGUCCCAGCAUCCAGCACUCAUCAGGAAUAGCCCCACAACAGUAAAUCAGACGGCUUCUGCGAUACCAAAGACCUGGAGGAAACCAAAUGAAGGGAUCUCUGCUGGAGACGCACCUCAAAAGGAGGAUGAGGACAAGCCAAUGUCAGUGGAUCAACCUGCUGGAGACCAGGCCCUGCAGGCAGCUCCAUUGAGCAACAGCCCUGUGCCCCUAGCAACAGUCUUCACAUCCACCCCUGCUCCCGCCAGCAGCCCAGAGGCUGACGGAAAGCUCGCCGCCCCGGAAGAGAACGGUGAGGCUGAGAUGGAGCCCAUGAGGAACGGCGCCGGCCACACCUCAGAGACGGAGAGCAGCGACAGCGGAGCCACCCCUGGGGACAAGGAGAAUUCCACAGGAGCUCCACAGGAUAUAGAAGACCUGGCUGAUCCCAGUGGGACGCGUCAGUAUGACAGGGCCUUCCUGUUGGACUUCCAGUUCACGCCUGCCUCCACACAGAAGCCUGAGGGACUCCCACCAAUCAGUGACGUGGUGCUAGACAAGAUGAACCAAAACAAGUUGCCAUCUCGAGUCGUGGAUUCUCGGGUGAUUUCGAGAGGACCUGAUUUCACACCUGCCUCUGCAGAUUUUGGCAGACAGAAGAAGAAAGGACGAGGCAAAAGGCUUAUAAACAUUGGGGCGCAGCGACCACCACCCAGGAGGAUCAUCAACCUGUCUGUGUUCGACAAUGUUCAGCUGAAGAAAUCAGAGAAUGCCUGGAAACCAAGCAUGAAGAGGAAAAGCCUCCCAGCGGAAUUAGAGUCACAGAGAACACAGGACCUGUUCAAGAAGGUCCGCAGUAUCCUGAACAAGCUGACGCCUCAGAAGUUCAAUCAGCUGAUGAAGCAGGUGACGGACUUGACCAUCGACACGGAGGAGAGGCUCAAAGGAGUCAUUGACCUGGUGUUUGAAAAAGCCAUCGACGAGCCCAGCUUCUCGGUGGCCUACGGGAACAUGUGCCGCUGCCUCGCCACGCUCAAAGUGCCCACAACUGACAAACCCAACAACACAGUGAAUUUUCACAAGCUGCUGCUAAACCGCUGUCAGAAGGAGUUUGAGAAAGACAAGGUGGACGAUGUGGCGUUUGAGAGGAAGCAGAAGGAGCUGGACUCUGCUGCAUCGACGGAGCGUGACCGUCUUCAGGUAGAGCUGCAGGAGGCCAAGGACAUUGCCCGGCGGCGUUCCAUCGGCAACAUCAAGUUCAUCUCCGAACUCUUCAAGCUCAAGAUGUUAUCGGAGGCCAUCAUGCAUGACUGCUUGGUCAAGCUGCUGAUGAACCCCGACCAAGAGUCUUUGGAGUGUCUGUGUAAACUGCUCACCACCAUCGGCAAGGACCUUGACUUUGAGAAGGCCAAGCCUCGGAUGGAUCAGUACUUUAACCAGAUGGAAAAAAUUGUCAAAGAGAGGAAGACGUCGUCUCGGAUACGGUUCAUGUUGCAGGAUAUUAUAGACCUGAGAUUGCACAACUGGGUGUCUAGAAGAGCCGACCAGGGACCAAAAACUAUCGCGCAGAUCCACCAGGAGGCGAAGAUUGAAGAGCAGGAGGAGAAGAGAAGAGUACAGCAGCUACUUCUCUCCAACGACACCAAGAGACAGCCAGAUCCGAGGGAGCAGAGAGAGCAGAGGGAUCAGCGCGUACAGAGAGAGGAGACCUGGAACACUGUGCCCAUGACGAAGAACAGCAGGACCAUCGACCCCAACAAGAUCCCAAAGAUCUCCAAGCCUCAAAUGGACGAGAAGAUCCAGCUGGGCCCCCGGGCUCAAGUCACAUGGGUGAAGGGCAGCAGUGGAGGAGCCAAGGCCAGUGACUCAGAACUAUCACGCACAGCGGGUCUCAACCGUUUCUCAGCGCUGCAGUCCACCCCCUCCCCUCAACCCUCCACCACUCCUCCACAGAACCCAGACUUCGACCCCAGGAGAACUCUGGGAAGUCGUAGCAGUACAGGCAGAGAGCGCAGCGACAAGCCGCUGAUCUCUGCGCCGCCCCCGUCUCGGCCUGGUCCGUUCUCCAGGGGAAGCAGUUCAAAGGAGCUGCUGGAGAGUCAAACCCCGGAGGAGCCGCGAAGAGACAGGGAGCGAGAGGGAGCCGAGCCCCGGAGACCGAGUGUCACCGAGGACAAACCGGAGCCAGAGCGCAGCAGAGUCCGAGAGCCCGUGAAACCUGAGCCUGUUGUCCAGACAAUAGAAAAACCCGCUCGGUCUGAGGAGGAGAUCGAGAGGAAAUCCAAGUCCAUCAUCGACGAGUUCCUGCACAUUAACGAUUUCAAGGAGGCUGUCCAGUGUGUGGAGGAACUUGAUCUGGGCUCUCAGUUGCACAUCUUCAUACGCGUGGGGGUGGAGUCGACUCUGGAGCGCAGUCAGAUCACACGGGACCACAUGGGCCAGCUCCUCUUCCAGCUGGCGCAGAAGGGAAUCCUGCCCAAACCCCAGCUCUACAAAGGGUUUGCAGACAUGCUGGAGCAAGCGGACGACAUGGCCAUCGACAUUCCCCACAUCUGGCUGUACCUGGCCGAGCUGCUCAGCCCUGUGCUGAAGGAGGGGGGCUUCUCUAUGAGAGAGCUCUUUAGUGAAUUAAGCAAACCUUUGCUUCCUGUGGGAAGAGCUGGGAUCUUAAUCUCUGAAAUACUGCACAUACUAUGCAAACAAAUGAGUCAUCGAACUGUGGCUUCUUUGUGGGGGGAAUCAGGCCUCAACUGGACUGACCUUCUGCCGGAGGAAGAGGACGUCCAGGCUUUCAUCUCACAACAGAAACUCCAAUUUAUUCAGGCGGACGCCCCCAGCUCAGAGGCGACUCUGACCAAAAGAAUCUGGACUCCCGAGGAGCUGAGACGACAGCUGGAGAGACUCCUGCUGGAGGACAAGGCCAGUGACGAGCAGAUCUUCGACUGGGUGGAGGAGAACCUGGAUGAAUCUCAGAUGAGCUCCUCUCCCUUCCUGAGGGCGUUGAUGACGGCUGUCGGUAAGGCAGCAGUGAAAGAUGUUAACACCACCUGUCGAGUGGACGCGGCCCUCAUUCAGAAGAGAUUGCCUGUAUUACUCAAGUACCUUAACUCAGACACUGAGCGACAGCUGCAAGCACUUUAUGCACUUCAGGCGCUGAUCGUCACCCUCGAUCAGCCUCCAAACCUCCUCCGGAUGUUCUUCGACUGUCUGUGCGACGAGGACGUCAUCUCCGAGGACGCGUUCUACAAGUGGGAGACGAGCAAAGACCCGGCCGAGAAGCUGGGUAAGGGCGUGGCCCUUAAGUCCGUCACGGCCUUCUUCACCUGGCUGCGGGAGGCGGAAGAGGAGUCGGAAGAAAUUGACGCGGGGAGACCCCCCGGGGGACAUGACGUAGUACAACUACAUCCUUACAGCAGAACAAACGUUCAAAAUGGGUGCGUGAGCAGGACGACAUGUUUACGGCUGGAAUUUUUUUCUGCGGUACGGUUCUGAAACAUGCCGCCAUUUUGAGUUUGGAUUCCAACGGCGGAAGCACUAAAUACCUGUAUUAUACAUAGAAAAUAUUUUUGUUUUAAAUUUUAACUUACUUUUCUUUUGUUACUUUAUAAGAAGAGACUUAAAAGAUACAUAGGUUCCGGACUCUUUAAUUUAUUAUUUUUUUAAGGACUGCAAAUAUGAAAGUUAUUUAACAUUUGCAGAUGCUCACGACAACAGAACAGAAAUAACAAUAUAAUUAAUUAUAAUAACAAAAUAAUAAUGAAAUGAAAUAGCCUCCCCGGACUCCACACUGUUUGGUUUAAAACAGGGUAAAACAAAGUUAUUUUGGGAUGAAGGGGAAGCAGAAAUGAAAAUCAAAUGGAUGCACAGGAACUGUCACCGUUGUCUGUGUGUGACGGCCGGGGGUCAAAGGUCAUCCUCCUGAUAACCACAGAACCUCGGCCUAUUCUGCGUUGAUAUGUACAUACACCUCAUGAGAGGUCGAGGUAUGCAUUCAUGAAGCGAUGCAGGUCAGUCCACAGAACUGUCGAAAACAAACGCAGACGAACAAACCAGAUACAUUCAAACGAAAAAAGAGCAAAAAUGCAACUUUAAAAAGCAAAUGGCCAGGUUCGCUGAGCAAGAAACAAGACAUGCUUGUAAUACUCCAGACCUACACAGCAGGUUCAACGCUUGUAAAUACAUUAAAGACAAAAAAAGGUAUUUAAAAA